GUUUGAGUACAACCCCAUGCUGGCCAUCCGGGUGCACAUGGGGGCAAAGGUUGCUCUGCGCGACUGUGUCAUGGAACCCCAACCCGAGUCGCCCAACCUGCCGCCGGGUAGCAACAGCAGCAACCCUUCUGGCGGCGCCAUGACAGCAACCGCUGGCGCUGCAGCAGGCUCGGGAUUUACCUCCUCAUCAACCUCCUCCUCCUGCUCCUCUGCAUGCUCCUUUCCGCAGUCCUCCUCCUCUUCGUCAUCCGCUUCCUCAUCGCUCGUGUCGUCAGGAGCACCACCCGCCGCGCAACCGCAGCAGCUGCAAGAGGAUCGGCAACGGUCGCCGCAACGGAUUCAGUUGUUGGAUUUGGACGAGCUCAGACGACGUGAGGCGGAGAAGGGCUGGGCGGUGGGGUGCGUUCGAAGCCAUUGUGUCCAGCUGUUAAAUCGUGGAACCAUUUUGUCGGUGGACGGACGGGCGUUCUUUGGGUUGGUAUUGGAGGAGGAGGAGGGGCGAGAGAAGAAGGAGGUUCGUAGGCAGGGGACGACGUCAUGAAAGCGCAGGAGUUGUGAGGAGAGCGAGGAGGGAACUUGUGGGUUGCAUGCCUGAUGCGAUGAUGGUGGGAGCGUGAUUGAGACUUUGAGAGAUAAGACCUAGAAAGUAAAGAGCUCGGAGGUUGUGCUUUGUUUAGCUAGAUAGGGUAGAUAGAUAUGGACAACACCGGGACCAAGGGAGCAAGCUGCUUUCGAUGUUUGUUGCAAAGCACUUGGGGAAGGUGUGUAUGUGUGUAUUGCGCGCGCGUGUAGGUAGGGUGGGUAUUGUGCAAGUAUUUAUUUGUUUGUAUGGUAGGAUCGCUUAUAUGCAAUAGCAUGGAUGUGAUGUGCUAGAUAGACCGUAGGUUAGAGACCUUAAGAGUGAAAUGCCGUGAAGUGUUAAGUGUUCGUUCAAUGACGUAGCUAGGACAGAGACAGCAUUGCGUUGCCGUUCAAUCAAACACUUGAUACGCAUCCAAAAUUGCAGGCUUACUUCGUUGUGUAUUGACACGCGUUGUAUGUUGUUUAUUUGCUUACAGCGGGAAUACCGCUACGUUGCCGUAACAGGAAUCCAUGAACAGACAGACAGACAGACAGGAUAAUGUGUGGAAACAGGGUAACAAUGUGUGGUUGUGACCUACAACACACACAUACUGGUGUGGGCGUUGCAGUGGUGAUGGUGGUGGUGGUGGUCGGCGGAGGUUGGAAGGCGCUUGGGUAUUGAAUAAUGACUGUUUCAGUGGUUUCCUAAAAGGGAACACAUCAAGUGGUGUUGGAAGGCGCUAGGGGUCCGAACCCUCGGGAAGCGCAUGCGGCUCUCCACAUCAGAUCAACCGUAAGUAUUUAAGGAAGAGAAAGAGAGCCGAGUGCAUAAAGUGCUGGUGGGUUUGGUUGUCAGGCGGAGGGUGCGUGUGGACACAGCAGCUCUGCCGCAUUCACAAGCAAAGGCAGUCACCUGCUACCGCUCUACCGGUAUCUAUCUGUAACAGGCAGGGCUUUGGCAA